AUGGCGAAAGAUGAUGGCAUUCUGUAUCUUGGUACAUGUGGACCAAUAUAUGUGGAAAAUCAAACCAACAUUCAACGUUCUGCCGAUGGUUUAUUUCAAUUCUGUCGUGGUAUACAUUAUUGUACACAUGCAAUAGCUUACACUAAAUGGAGAUCAAGAACAAUAUGGGGUGAAUUCGCUUCAUAUACCUUCUUCCAAAACAUAAUCGGUAUUGAUUUAAUAGCUCGUGAAUGGCAGCGUCGUUCGAAAACUUUUCCUCGAUGUGCUGCUGCAAAUAUACAAUGGCCAAUUGGCGAAGUACUUUGUAAUUCAAAUGUUUCUGUACAACAAUGGAAACAACAAUUUAAAAUUUGGUCAACAACUGAUGAUUUCAAUGUACAAUUAUUUAUUUCAGGUGAUAAAGAAAAAUUAAAUGAUUCAUAUUUAUGUAAUAGUAUUUAUCCAAUGAUUGAACGAUGUAAUGAUGAGAUAACAGAUGGAGCAAAAACACUUAAAGAUUGUGAAUUGGAUAAAAUGAUUUUUAAUGAAGUUCAUAUAAUAACAGUUGAACAAUUUCGUAAAGUUUUAACUAUUAUACGUGCUCAUACAAAAGUGGGUCUUACACAGCAACAUUAG